ACAGCCUUACUAUCGGAUUUAAGAGUGACACUAAUACGAGGAACUCUACUAUCCGCUUCACCAACGUCCGACGAACGUUCCUACGCACACCGUGAAAGGAGAAAUGCACAAUAUCGGGGAGAGUUCCACCACACACGCAAGUUCUAUUCACUGCUAUUCAAGAUGGAGAGAAAACAACGUAUGUCUUCUGUAAGGUGGUUGUAAACAAGAAACGAGGCCGAAUAGAGCACCUUACGCGAGACAACGAUCGGACGCUACGAAAUGGCGAAGUCUGUGCUCAGUUCUGAUACCUUGCCGAAGGCUGGACGUGUGAACGAAGUGUGUCGGGAAUGGCUGGUGCACGAGGAUGGGGCGCUUGCAUACAGACUUCAGGAUGAAGAGAUCAGGGAACACUACACUGGCAAUAAGGUCCGUAAUGCUCAAGUCAGGGAGGAUUUGCCAAGAGCUAAAGUUGAACAAGAGCUCGAGACACUCAGAUAUCAGAGUUACGUUCAACAGCAGGAGGAGAGAGAUGCCCUUGUUGCAAGACAGAUUGCACUGUCCCUGGAGCGAGAGGAGAGGCAGAAAGAAAGAGAAUUGCAGGAGCAGAUGAGAUUGCAGUUGAGACUGGAUGAUGAGGCUGCACAGCUUGAACUUGAACGGCAUAUUCAAGAGGAAAAAGAUGAGGAAUUAGCAAGAAAACUGCAGCAAGAGGAAGAAGAGAAUGCUAUAGAGGAACAUGAUGAUCCUGUGAAUGAACAAUUACUACUAGAUCAAAAGAUUGCUAUGGAAGCACAAGAUGCGGAAUUGGCUCGCAUGCUCCAGGAGAAGGAACGCACAAAAGUGAGGAAGGCUAGGCAGAGGGCAAGACAGAGAAAGCUAGAGAGACAACAACUUCAAGAACUUGAGAAACAGAAUCUUACUGAGAAACCACAGAGACCUGAUAGAUUGGAUUUGAAGAGCAUACAAACCAAACCUAGAGUGCAACAUUAUUCACAGUAUCCUGAUCCUGAAGAGAUACAGACGUUGGACGAGUCUGUUGAAAAUAUAAGAGAGGUACCAAAUGUUGCUGCAAUCAUUGAUCCCACUUACAAUGGAAAUGUGCAUCGAAAUACCUCAAGCAGCUCAAGCAGUACCGUAAGCCCUACAUACGCAUUGCCUACACCACCACAGGAGCUUAUGAACGACGAUGCUCCAUGCUACAUGCCUAUACAAGGACAACGAAGAAAUCAAAUGCAAUCCCCGUCCCAAACUCACGAAGAGAAACACAAACGUAGAGUAAAGGAUAGUUGCAAGCAACAGUAAGAAUAGUAUACUAGGUUUCUUUUGAUAAGAGGUAUUUUUUGAUAAUGAACACUUUCGUUGCCAUGA